AUGAGGAUGUGCAUCGAUUAUCGACCGCUAAAUAAGUUGACCGUAAAGAAUAAGUAUCUGCUUCUGAGGAUUGACGACCUGUUUGAUCAGUUCCAAGGGGCUUUAGUGUUUUCUGAGAUUGAUUUUCGAUCAGGCCGCAUUUAUGGAUCCAAUGAAUCGAGCAUUUCAGCCUUAUCUGGAUCAAUUCGUCAUGGGCAUGUAGCUUCUGCUGAAGGGAUUCGAGUUGAUCCUCAAAAGAUCAAAGUUGUGCUUGAUUGGAAACAGCCUAAGAACGUGUUUGAAAUCCGCAGUUUUUUUGGCCUGACGGGUUAUUAUUGGCUCUUUAUUGAACGGUUCUCUCUGAUUGCAGCUCAUUUGACUAAGCUUUUACGCAAAGGAGUUCCUUUUAUUUGGACCGAUACGCAACAAAUGAGCUUUGAGAAGCUCAAGUCUGUUCUGACUCAGGCUCCUGUUCUGACACAGCCUGAAUCUGGUAAGAAGUUUGUGAUGUACAAUGAUACGUCACACGUCGAUUUAGGAUGUGUGCUGAUGCAAGAGGAGAUCGAGGUUAGGCCGAACUUGACCUUUGAGAAACUGGUUCAGAUUCUAGAUCGUGACAUUAAGGUUCUGAGAACGAAGUCCAUCCCUUUAGUGAAGGUUCUGUGGCGGAAUCAUGGUACCGAAGAGGCCACGUGGGAACUUAAAGACUCUAUGCGACAACAAUAUCCUCAUCUAUUCUAA